AUGAAGAACCGUAAGAACUAGUUGUUGAAGAAUUAAAAUUUUAAAAAUAAAAAAUUAUAUGUGCCUUCCUAAUUAAUUAUACUAUUACAUAUCAUGUUAUAUUAGGUUUGAAUUAAUAAGAAAUUGAAGAUUCAACAAAAAAAUAUUAAAUAAUUAGAAACAUCAGAAAAUUAAGUGAAAUAAAAAAUAAAGUUAGAACCACCUAUUUCUACAGUCAGAGAAUUUAAAGAGGCUAAAUAUUUCGAAAAGGCAUCAACCGAAAUUGAAAGAACUGAAAUCUUAAAACUGUUGAAGAACAUACUAAAUAUCUUGAUAGUGAUAAUAAAAAAUAGUACAACCCAUUUCCAAUCUAGGAGGAUAAAUAAAAUUCUUUUUUCCAUAGAUCAAAAAGACCCAGAUGAUAUAUUCAUACGUAAAGAUGCACCUUUAUUAAUUUAAGAUUCAAUGUACCCACCACGCAGAAACAACAAUUUUAGCAUCCAAAAAUUUAGAUCUGCAAAUUGCAGCAGUAGCUGCUUACAUAAUAAUUGA